AUGCGAAAAAGGAAAACCAAUCCUCAUAGCAGGAUACCUCAAUUGCAGGACAGGUUGAAAAUGUCACCUCAGCAACUGGUUUUAAGUUGGAAAGAUCACAAUGGUGCAUUGGUGUCUGUUUUUGAGAAUCUUUUGAAAAGGAAUACUUUAGUAGACUGUACUCUGGCCGCAGAUGGUCAAUAUGUCAAAGCCCAUAAAGUUGUGCUUUCUGCUUGCAGUUCAUAUUUCGAGUUGUUAUUUAGUCAGGAAAGUGAGAAGAAUCCAAUAGUCAUUCUCAAAGAUGUGAAAUUCCAAGAACUGGAAGCUGCUGUUAAUUUGAAGUUGAAGUUUGUGAAGAUAGAUUGGCAGCUUUUCUGGAAGUUGGCAGAUUCUUUGCAAAUAAAGGGGUUAGGCAGCGAUGGAAAAUCUCAUGAUGCCAGAGGAAAGUAUUCAUCACAGAAGAGCUCAAAGACUGCAGUUCCUCCGAAAGCACAUUCCAGCAGGAAGGAAGUCACCCUUACGGAAAGUGAGAAUACUGAGAGUUGCAUCACCCUUGACAGUGAUGAAAGUUCUUCUCAUCAUCAUCUACCUCAUAGAGAAACAUCAGGUUCUUCCCCCAUUUCUUCUGCACUUGCUGUUGCGCCUUCCUUCAGCGUACCGUCAGCUUCUACCUCAUGCCCUGUUAGAGCAGAAACUAACCGUGUUGGAGACAAACUGGAGAAGAAUCAGUGUUCGUCCCCUUCUGUGUCUACUUUCCCUUCAGGAGAUACUGUGCCAUCAGAUGUGAACACUGUAAUUAAAGCUGAACCUGUGACCGAUACUUAUUUGGACGAAAAGUCGGAUGAGACGGAGAGAGACUUUGAUGAUGUGACAAUGAUGGAAGAUCAGGAAGACUGGGAUGAUCCUAAUAUUGAAUCUAUGGGUGAUGACCAUUCUUCAAAUCAACAUGAUCCUGGUUUUUCUGUCACUCGCAUGAAAACUGAAGACUCUACAUCGGAACACAUGGCUGGUGCAACCACGAUAGAACACGUCUCUUCAGAAGGU